AUGAGGUCACCGAUUUUAGUCCUUUUACUGUCCAUCAGCAUCAUAGAAUGCUCCCGGCUCGCCGAGGAAGAAGAGGAGGUAAUUAGAAGAUUUUAGACAACAUCGGAAAAUGUUUUUUAUAUGUUUUAGAUGCUCAUCCGACAAUUCACGAAAGAAGGAGAAAUCCAGAGCAUGGAGCAGCUGCGCGAGACCAUCGGACCCUUCCGUGAUCCUCUCGACUUCUCCCACAUGAACUACUCGACGUUGACGGAUCACAUACACGUUAGUCCCUUUCUAAUUCCUUCUUUCCUCUUUUUCUUCUUCUUUUUUUGGAUUUUUCAAAAGAGUUCUUCUUUGCAGAACCUCCACCGAAAAUAUCCAAACUUGACGCACAUCUACUCGGCCGGACAAUCAGUUCAAGGACGAGAGCUGUGGGUUCUGGUGGUAUCACGGUACCCCAAAGAGCACAGAAAACUGAUACCGGAGUUCAAGUACGUGGCAAACAUGCACGGAAAUGAGGUGACUGGACGUGUGUUCCUGGUCUCUCUCGCGCAUACCCUUCUGGAGAACUACAAUACAAAUCUUUGGAUUCACCAACUGUUGGAUAGCACGAGGAUCCAUCUGAUGCCAUCCAUGAAUCCGGAUGGUUACGAACGCGCAUCCGAAGGGGACCAUUCCGGCAUCACAGGACGUCAGAACGCCAACGGAAAGGAUCUCAACAGAAACUUUCCUAGCCGCUUCCCGAACUACUACCCAACCAGUGACAUUCAGCCAGAAUCCAUCGCCAUCAUGAACUGGACGCGUCAGGUGCCCUUCGUGCUCUCCGCUAAUCUACACGGCGGCACCACUCUUGGUACGUCUCGAACCAGUUUCAAUUUCCAAUCAGCAAAUGAUUUCAGUGAAUUACCCAUUCGACGACUUUCCGACACGCACGCGCAUAGCACACUACUCUCCGUCGCCCGACAAUGCACUUUUUGUGCGUCUCGCUUACUCGUACGCGAGAGGACAUGAACGAAUGUGGAAACAGGGACCGAGAUGUCUGGACGAUGAUUUGAACGUGUCAAUCGACCCGCAGAACGGAAUCAUCAACGGAGCGGACUGGUACAUUGUCUCCGGCGGAAUGCAAGAUUGGAACUACCUGAACACGAAUUGUUUCGAAGUGACCGUAGAAAUGAACUGCGAAAAGUUCCCACACACCAAGAAACUACGCUAUUUAUGGGAAGAGAACAAGUACGCUCUGCUGCACUUCAUCAAUCUGAUUCACGGGUGAGAAGAAGACGACGAGAAAAUCAUAGUAUACUGUGUAUUCAGAGCAAUCCAUGGACUUGUGAUCGAUGCGGAUACUGGAGAAGGAAUUGUGAACGCUACAGUCAGUAUCGAUGAACGAGCAAAGAUUGUUGUGAGCUAUGGAGAAGGAGAGUUCUGGCGGCUGGCCAAUAUGGGCACUUAUGAGCUCACCUUCGAUCAUAGCGACUACUUCCCGGUCACUCGUACCGUCCAAGUGACCCCCGGAAACCGUUCCCCCUACCUCGAAGUCCGUCUCUACCGUAUCAUCCCUCGCUCCAAACCAACUCUUCUCCCAACGAAACCAGCUACGCAGAGCAAAGACGAGUACACAGUGGACAACUCCUCGAGCAACAAAGAUCUCCGCAUUGUGACCAUGUCCUCCGUGAGCCACGCAUUCCUUCUUCCCAUUCUUGCCUUCUCGGUCAUGUGCUUAUAA